CCCGCCGCCGCCGCCCGGGCGCAGCCGGCGCAGGGAGCGGAGCGGCGGGCUCGGGCGCGGGGCAGGGCGGCGCGGGGUCCCGCCAUGGUGGGUCGGCUCAGCCUGCGGGAGGUACCCGACCUCCCGGACAUGAGGAAGCGGGGCGACGCGGGGCUCGACAGCCCCGACUCCGGGCUGCCCCCCAGCCCCGGGCCCGCCCCCCCGCCCUGGCUCCUCUCCUCGGGCAGCCCCGACCGCGCCGCGACCAACGGGCUGCCGGAGUCCGAGCCGCCCGCGCCCGCCGCCGCGAAUUCUGUGUUUUCCCCCAGCCCUGUUCUCUCCAGCUGCCCUCCAAGAUUGUGUCCUUUAUCCUUUGGCGAAGGAGUUGAGUUUGACCCUUUACCACCGAAGGAAAUAAGGUACACGUCUUCAGUUAAGUACGAUUCCGAGAAGCACUUCAUCGAUGACAUCUAUAUGCCAGUGGGCUUAAGCAUUUCCUCUUGCAGUCAGACGGUCAUCUGUGUCCCAAACUGCACGUGGCGCAAUUACAAAGCAGAAGUCCACUUUGAGCCUCGCAACAAGCCCCAGCGUUUCACGAGUACCACCAUCAUCUACCCGAAGCACGCCAAGACUGUGUACACCACCACGCUGGAUUACAACUGUCGUAAGACCGUGCGGCGGUUCCUCUCCAGCAUAGAGCUGGAAACUUCGGAGUACCUUGGGAACGACUGUGUCCUGGAUGGUUGCUGACUGACAGCCGUCUCUCUUGCUCUGAUCCAUCCCAGUCCCAUCUAAUGUACUGUGCUAACUCCGCUAGCUAAAGCGGGUACAGACCCUCUUUCUCAGCUCUUAAUUCCUGCUUUAAGCAUCAGAAUGGCCUGAAUGCAGUUUUCUGUGGGAACAUAACUAGUAAGGAACUUGUUUCUUUGCCUUUAAGGUCGUGAAUUCUCUCCCCUUCCCCACAGUGCAGUAAUCAGGUGAAAAUAACAGGAAGUAUUUUCCCAGAUAAAAACCUGACAGAUAAGAAAGAAUGUGGAAUAGUGCCUGGCAGGUGGAAAUCCAUUUGAUGCUUUGUGGUGAUGUGCAAAAACAAGGGCAGUUUGCUCUCUUGCGUAGAAUCUGCCAGGUCAUUUGAUUACAGCCAGCCAGAGUUGUCAUUCCUUUCUGUUUAGAUUGUGAGACUGUUUUCUCUAGAAGAACCAUCUCCUGGAAAUUGCUGGAAAAAGCUAACAGACAAAAAUCUGGAAUUCUGCAUUUAACAGAUACAAAGAUGUUAUCCUAUGGCAAUCAUGUCUGGUUUGAAGGCGUGUGUUGGAAAGAAGAGGAAUUCUGAGUAGAGCAGGAGAUAAACUGCUUUUGCAGCUCCAGGCAGCAGAGAGAGGAUCAGGUAAUUCAAGUUCUUUAGGUGAAUGGCAUGGUGUAUCUUGUGUUCUUAUAAUGACUUCUGCAGCACUGUAGUCUGUGUAUCAUGCUAGCAUUUGUAGUAGGACUUGUAAUGAAAAAUAUCAGGUCAAAAAUUAUCCCUGGAUUGUUGGAAAGUCAGGUCUUGAUGAUGUGGUGGUAGAAAAACAUCAGUGCCUAGUUUUUACCAACAUUGUACUGUCUGCACUAAGGGAAUUGUAACUCGGAAAGUUUCAGAAAACGCACCGUGUGUACAGGGACAUAGAACGGAGAUGCUGGGAUCAGGUGUGAGAAGCUGUUGGCAUUGGGGGAACGGCUUGUGAAGAGGUAGACAGUAGAAAAAGGCAAAUUUUUAUUGGAUAGCAAAAUCCACAGCUGUAGCUUUGCUUUCCUGUUGAGCUUCUCAUUGCAAAGGUCCGUGUCCUCUCUGGACUUUGGUAUUCAGGAUGUCACUGGGAUGGGGUAGCAUUUGCCUGUCUGUAGGCUGCUGAAUAACCCCUCCAGUCCCAAGUGCAUAAUGAGUUUGGGGACCAAAGGGAAUAACUUCAGAUACUAUGGAAUUCCAUCUGGAUGUUAUGUGCAUUAGUUUGUCAUGUGCUUUGAUGAAAAUAAGACUGAGAGGUUUCUUACUUUACCCAGAUUUUUUUUUUUUUUCUGUAUUGACAGAGAGCAGUGUGGUGUGGAGAGCAUCCACUUUUGGGACCGUGGGUUACAUUGGUGGCUAGUGUGGUGUAGCUGCUCGGAAAUGCUUGGUAGGCUUAACUUAGCUGGACAUGGCUUUUCUAUGUAUUCCAAAACUCCUCUGAGGUGUAGGUCACCUUCUGGUGUAACAUCAGCCCUGCACCUGCUUUUACAGAGGACUUUGCUAGUGCAUAGCCCCAAGGGUGAAUUUUGUCAGUGGUGAGUUAGAAACUCAGCAGUCUGUUCUUGAGCUGUACUUAAUGCGUGUUUGUGCAAGUGUGCUGAAUGGUGUGGAAGCGUACUGCAGUGUGAACUGAAAUGACUUGGAAAGACUAAAAAUGCAGCAGGAAGGAAGGGUUGAGUUUGUGUGGUUUGGGUUUUUUGUUGUUUUGGUUUUUUACUUAUUUAUUAGCUCAGAACAGAACAUCCUUGAUCUUUGGUACUGGCCUCAGAAAACCAGAUCCUAAAACAAUGUCAGGGUGACAGAGGAUGCCAAAGUCAGGUAGGCAUUGCUCCAGAGUUGUUAAGAGCAGCGCAGUCUCCUCGUUAAACAUGUUGGUUUCAGACUACCGUAUGUCUUAAAAUACAUGUUGCAAUUCCCCCCUAAACAUUGCCCCAGGAUGUCUUUGUUGUGUAACAGAAGACACAACUCAGCCCUGAAGUGUGGGGGGUUUCAAAUGGACAGAACUCUUUGGGAAAGCUAUUGCAUCAUUGCUUGCUUCGCAGUUUCAUGUACCUUGCUCCUGAAACAUCUGGUGCUGGCCACAGGACACUGGAAGAACACGGACCCUGGAUUGCUCCGACAACGCUCUUCCAAUGAAUUCAUUUGCAGAUCUAAGAGAAGAUUAUUUUAAGUUGUAAUCAUUAAUUGUUCCUAGGUAUAAAUGAAAUGACCCUUACACUAUGGUUUUAGGGUAAAGCACCUGAUUUUUGUAAAGCCAACAAACUUAAUUAUGUACCUUUUAAAUUUUUUUAAUUGGUAGAGAUACCUUUUAAAUUAUUUAUAUUCCAACAUUUGCAAAGCUCUGAUUAGCUCUGUGCAAGUGUUCUUGUGUCUGGGAUGUUUUCCACUCCCUUCUCCUAGUUUUUGUCUUUUACAUUAUUGGUAAUAAAUCAUCUGAAAACCAUCGUA